AUGGGGGAAGUAGAGAACGUUAACGCUGCUGCUCCGGUUUCGGAAGACGAGCUGUAUGGUUUUAAACGGCCGGAGAUGUACACUGAUGCUCUCGCCGGCUCCGUUGGUCCGUACGGCCGCCAUGUUUUCCUAUGCUACAAGAGCCACGAGACCUGGAUUCCUCGUGUCGAAGCUGAAGGUCUUCCGCAGCGUUUCGCGAAGGCGUUUAAGGAUCGCAGAGCUGAUUUACCUGAGACGAAGCUGACGAUGUGCGGUGGAGGUGAAUCGGACGGAGAUGUGUUGAUUUUCCCGGAAAUGGUCAGAUACAAGGCGAUUAAGGAUACAGAUGUGGAUGCUUUUGUGGAAGAUGUGCUUAUCAAUGGAAAACCAUGGACCUCUGGAAUUCAGGAAGAGUUAUCAGGUUCCUUUGUGUUUGUUUGUGCUCAUGGUAGCCGUGACAAGAGAUGUGGCGUUUGUGGACCAGCUCUAAUGGAGAAGUUUGAGAAGGAGAUAGGCUCAAGGGGGCUUUCAGAAAAAAUCUUCGUUUUGCCAUGCUCUCAUAUCGGUGGGCACAAGUAUGCUGGCAAUUUGAUUGUCUUCAGCCCUGACUCAGCUGGAAUUGUAUCUGGCCAUUGGUAUGGUUAUGUGACUCCAGAUGAUGUGCCUGCAAUGCUUGAUCAGCAUAUUGCAAAAGGAGAAAUCAUACAGAACCUUUCCAGGGGUGGGAUGAGACUAGGACCCCAGAGUGAGGAAGCUGAGAAAGUGGAGAAGCACAAAAUCCCAAACGGAAACGGCGUGGUGGAAAGCCAACCUGUGGAGAAGAAGGAGUUCACAGGAGGUUGUUGCCAAGGUGCAAACGGAGUUUCAUGUUGCCAGGAGCAAACUCCAGAACCAGUCAAGAAAGAAGGAUCCGUGAAGCGUAACUGGUUCAGGUCGAUAGAGAAAGAAGAGAUCUUCUUGGGAGCUGCUGUUGUUGGAGCUAUCGCGACCAUAGCCGUGGCUUACAGCACUUACAGGAGGUCAGGUUAA